AUGGCGCAGGGUUUUGCAGUGGGCUUUGACCCACUGGGCCUCAGAGACCUCAGCUCGGGCUCCCUGAGCUCCCUCUCCUCCCGCGGCCACCUGGGCAGCGACUCGGGCUCCGCAACGCGAUACCUGCUGAAGAGGCAGCAGCGGCUGCUGAACGGGCCCCCCCGCGGAAUCCGAGCCUCAUCGCCCAUGGGCCGCGUCAUCCUCAUCAACUCCCCCAUCGAAGCCAACAGUAAUGAGAGCGAUAUCAUCCGAGCUGUCCGGGUGGAGAAGAGUCCAGCGGGGAGACUGGGUUUCAGCGUGCGGGGCGGCUCUGAGCACGGCCUGGGCAUCUUCGUCAGCAAGGUGGAGGAGGGGAGCAGUGCAGAGCAGGCUGGCCUGUGCGUGGGGGACAAGAUCACGGAGGUGAAUGGGCUGAGCCUGGAAAGCACCACCAUGGGCAGCGCCGUGAAAGUGCUCACGGGCAGCAGCCGUCUGCACCUGACGGUGAGACGCAUGGGCCGAGUGCCGGGCAUCAGGUUCUCCAAGGAGAAGACCACAUGGGUGGACGUGGUGAAUCGGCGGCUGGUGGUGGAGAAGUGCAGCUCGACGCCGUCAGACAGCGGCUCGGAGGAUGGCGUGCGCCGCAUUGUCCACCUGUACACCACGUCGGACGACUUCUGUCUGGGCUUCAACAUCCGUGGGGGCAAGGAGUUUGGCCUGGGCAUCUAUGUGUCCAAAGUGGAUCAUGGUGGGCUGGCCGAGGAGAAUGGCAUCAAGGUGGGGGACCAGGUCCUGGCGGCCAACGGCGUCAGGUUCGACGACAUCAGCCACAGCCAGGCCGUGGAGGUGCUGAAGGGCCAAACACACAUCAUGCUGACCAUCAAGGAGACUGGCCGGUACCCUGCCUACAAAGAGAUGGUUUCUGAGUACUGCUGGCUGGACCGAUUGAGCAACGGGGUGCUGCAGCAGCUGUCCCCGGUCUCUGAGAGCAGCUCCAGCGUCUCCUCCUAUGCCUCCAGUGCCCCCUACAGCUCCGCUGAGGCCUCAGGCUCCCUGCCCUCCGACCGCAUGGAUGUCUGCCUGGGGCCUGACGAGCCGGGCAGCUGGGGCCCAGGCUGGGGGCGGGCAGACACAGCCAUGCAGACAGAGCCUGAUGUGGGGGGCCACGUGGAGACCUGGUGCAGCGUGAGGCCCACCGUCAUCCUCAGGGACACUGCCAUCCGCUCCGACGGACCCUGGCCUGCCCGCCACCUGGAUUCUGCACUCUCCGAGUCCCCGAAGACUGCUCUGCUGCUGGCCCUGAGCCGGCCGCGGCCCCCUAUCACGAGGUCCCAGAGCCACCUGACCUUGUGGGAGGAGAAGAAGCAGCGGAAGAAGAAAUUGGGGUCCUCUGGGGAAAAGGGGGCCCUGCAGCGCUCCAAGACACUGAUGAACCUCUUCUUCAAGGGAGGGCGGCAGGGGCGGCUGGCAGGUGAUGGGCACAGAGAGGCCUGGACGCUGGAUGGAGGGAGCCCAGCCAAGCCCCACCCUCGCCUAGACCUGGAAAAAGCAGGGGCAGUGGGGCCCGUGCAGAAGUUUGUCACCUGGAGACUGAGACGCGAGCGGGAGAGGGGCCGGGCCCUGCUCUCUGCCAGGUCAGGUAGCCCCUCCAGCCAGCUGCCCAGCAUGGAUGAGCAGGUGCAAGCCUGGGAGAGCCGACGGCCUCUCAUUCAGGACCUGGCCCGAAGGCUGCUGACUGACGAUGAAGUGCUGGCCAUCACCCGCCACUGCUCCCGGUACGUGCAUGAGGGCGGCGUGGAGGACCUCGUGAGGCCCCUGCUGGCCAUUCUGGACAGACCUGCGAAGCUGCUGCUACUGAGGGAUAUCAGGAGCGUGGUGGCCCCCACCGACCUCGGCCGCUUCGACAGCAUGGUGAUGCCCGUAGAGCUGGAGGCUUUUGAAGCCCUUAAGAGCCGGGCAGUGUGGCCUCCUGCCUUGAGACCAGCCCGGCAGGACACACCACCCAAGCGUCACCUCAUCACACCUGUGCCUGACAGUCGUGGAGGUUUCUACCUGCUGCCUGUGAACAGCUUCUCAGAGGAGGAUGACAAUGGGGAACUGAGGGAGCAGCUGGGGGGCCUCCAGCUCUCCCUGCGGGCCUCUGCUCCCCACCAUCCUCAUAAAGGGAUCCCCCCUCUCCAAGAUGUGCCAGUAGAUGCUUUCGCCCCACACCGAAGCACCAGUACCCCCCCUCCCCAGCCACCUCCUGUCGCUCCCCGGCCCCCAAGGCCUAACUGGCUGCUGACGGAACCCCUGACCCCAGAGGACCCACGGCAGAGCCAGAGCCAGAGCCUGGCUCAGAGCCACAGCCGCAGUCGCAGCCGCAGCCGGUGCCGAGGCAAGUCCCCGGGACGCAGGCGCUCCCCAUCCCCAGCACCUAUCCCCACCCCGAGUGCCGCUGACGGGCGCUACCACAAGCCUCGCAAGGCCAGGCCUCCUCUUCCACGACCUGUGGAUGAGCAAGCGGCCAAGGCAGGGAGCCGUCAAGGCCACUCUGAGAAUGGAACUGGCAGGACAGCCAUGGAGGCCGCCGAGAAGGCCCCUGGCGGGGAGCUGAGGACAGUCACGCUGUCCAAGAUGAAGCAGUCCUUGGGCAUCAGCAUUUCUGGGGGCAUUGAGUCCAAGGUGCAGCCCAUGGUGAAGAUAGAGAAGAUCUUCCCUGGGGGGGCUGCCUUCCUCAGUGGGGCCCUGCAGGCUGGCUUCGAGCUCGUGGCAGUGGAUGGAGAGAGCCUGGAGCAGGUGACCCACCAGCGAGCAGUAGAUACCAUCCGCCGGGCUUAUCGAAACAAGGCUCAGGAGCCCAUGGAGCUUGUGGUCAGGGUCCCUGGACCAGCCCAAUACCCUUACCCCCCUGACUUGUCAGCCCUCACUCAUCAGCGCCCUCCUGUUGACCAUUCCCCUGCCCACUGACCCCUUGAUGACCUCUAUGAGGAGUAG